AUGUUUCGUGAUGAGGGUUGUUCUGUCGGCUGGGGCGAUUUAAAAAACCGAAGGUCGGUACGCGUCGUGCAAGGCGAUGACGGGGCCCGCGUAGGAGCUGCUGCUCGUGGACUUCGCAAGGCCCAUAGACGGCCUUGGUGGGGCAGCGGCACCGCCCACGCCAGAGACCACGCCGCCGCCAUCGCCAUCGCUUCCGCCACGAGCGCGUCGUCGCGUGUUUUCGCGUGUCGUGUGGUGUCGCGCCGCGCCGCGCCGCGCCGCGCCGCCCGUGCGUGCGUGCGUCCGCGCCUGGGGCUGACUGAUAGCAGAUUGCUGCCUCCUAGUCCCCGAAGAGUGAUCUUCCCUCGCCAGAUGGUGAGAUCCGGAUCCGACCUACUGUCGGCUAGCGCGAUUUUCCUCAACCAGGUAUCUCCCACCAGCGGGGGACCGCCACAACCGGGACCAGCUCUAAGCUCCCGACCGGUUUCCCGGCGUGCGUGUGUGUGUGUGUGUGUGUGUGUGUGUAAAAGAGGUAGGAAAGAUCGCGCGCGAUGCGUGGCUCUUUUGCACAAUUGCCCUCCCGACGGCCCCUUUCGAAACGAGCAAGUGGCCGCCGCCGCGCUGCCACUCGCCGUGCGCGCGCCCGUUCCGCCGAUCGUUUUCCGAACAGGAAGAGUCCUCGCGCGCAUUGUCUGA